AUGGCCACUGCUGUCAGUAAACCCCCCUGCGUGGUCUGCAAAACACCCUCAAUAACCCGGUGCUCGCGUUGCAAGGUGGUGCACUAUUGUUCCGAAACCUGCCAGCGCAGGGACUGGCCCACCCAUAAGAUCGCCUGCACCCCCUCUACCUCCUCUACAGCGACCCCCACUACCAAAGCGACACCGCCAACCUCUUCUUCCUCGCCUCCCUCUUCCUCAACAGCAACAGAAAACAAGCAGACAUCAUCAACGCCGACACUUCCAGACCCCAGCAAAGUCUUAAACGCUCAUCCAAUAGAAUCCAAGACGUCGCCCACUUCGAUUCGCAAGACCAGUCCGCAGGCAUCGUCCACGACACUCAAGUUCGAGUACCAGCCCUCGCCGGAUGGCGUAGAUGAGAACUUGGUCUUGUUUUUCCAUGGGCUGGGUGAUAAGAUUAAGCCGAAUUUUGUCAAGCUGGCACAGAAUAUGCAGUUGCCCCAGACAGCGACGUGCUGUGUCCAGGCACCGACCCCAGUGCCGUAUCUGGAGCAAGAGGGGUGGCAGUGGUACCCGUCCUUUAACAACUUGAACGGGGAGUUACUUGGCCCCGACAGCCCCGAGAGAAUGUUGCAAGUCAAGCAGCUGGUGCGCCCAGAGCUUAUAAAGCUGAUUCGUCACUGCAUCGAUCACUGCGGGUUUGAGUCACGCAAGAUUUCGUUGUUUGGGUUCUCACAGGGAGGGGAGAUUGCGCUGGACUUGGCGGCGUUUGGAGGACUGAACCUGCGGGCGGUGAUCAGCGUGGCAGGGUAUUUAAUGGAGGAGGCGCAAAAUGACGAGCCGGCGGUGAAGCCGUCGAACACGCAGGUGCUGGUGAUGCAGGGGGACAAAGAUGAUCUACGGACGAUUCAGGAGGCGAAGGCGCGGUUCAAGUAUUUGCAGAAGACGUUUGGAAAGGCGAACGUAGAGCAGCAGAUCGUAGAAGGAAUGGGCCAUGGUAUGCCGGCCAGCGAGUCUGGUUGGCGGCCGUUGAUGGAGUUCUUUGCAAGGGUCCUGGAUCAUCGUUCCACGACUAUGGAGGGCAUGUCAAACGUAUAUGAAAUCAAGUAA